GGCAACAUGGAGCAGGCACGCAGCCAGUUGAGGCGCAUUUUGUGGACGCAUCGCGGCGCCGACUCGAGUGCCACCAUGCAGCAGCUGUGGCAGCAGCACUGCUCGGCCUCUGGGUGCAGCCAAAAGCUGCUCAGGCUGACCAAAAUCUUGUUACUAUGCGUGCUGGCCGUAUAUUUCUUGAAUUACUACCGAACGGAGCUGCAGGGACAGCGCUGUGCUCUAGCACUGCCACGCCCACUGCGCUAUGCGCUGCGCCCGCCCGAACGCUGUGACUUUUGUGCGAAUAUUCAAAGUGUGCCACGCCUUAGCAAUCUGACGCCCGCCCAAUUCGAGGCGGAGUACGCAUACAGUGGAGCACCCGUCAUAGUCACGGAUGCCAUGCACAACUGGACAGCCACAACGCUCUUUGACUACUGGUACUUUCGGGAUGUCUAUCGCAAGGCGAAGCGCAAGGAGCGCAUACGCGACUGCCAGUUUCUGCCGUACAAGACGGGCUUUCGGGACAUCUACGAGGCCUUGGACAUGACGCGGGCACGCGUCAACCUGGAGCCGAACGAGUCGCCGUGGUACUUCGGCUGGAGCAACUGCCAUGCGGAGACGGCCGAGGAGUUUCGUCGACACUAUGGCAGGCCCUACUUCCUGCCCGAGCGCUCGGAGAACAAUGCAGUCGAUUGGUUUUUCAUUGGCACCGCCGGGCUGGGCGCCCAAAUGCAUAUUGACAAUGUGCGCUUGCCGUCGUGGCAGGCCCAGCUGGCGGGCAGCAAGCGCUGGCUCCUGGUGCCGCCGCCCGAAUGCUACUUUCAAUGCAAGCGCUUCGAUGUGGUGGUGCAGCAGGGAGAUAUAAUCGUUCUCGAUACCAACCGAUGGUAUCAUCAGACAUUUGUGCAGCCCGGCGCCAUCAGCCUAACCAUUGGCGCCGAAUAUGACUAACUCCAGCCGAAUUCGAAUUCGAAUUCCAAUUCGAAUUCGAGUUCGAGUUCGAAUGCGAGGUGGGUUGCUCCGAACAGGAAACAAAAUGCAGCCGCAGCAGAUACCGCAUCUCGGGGCAUAAAUAAAUAAGCUAAACUCCAACUCCAACUCCAACUGUAACAGUAACAGUAACAACUUAACUUAACAUUUAACAUUGCAUUGCGUUUGUAGCCGGUUUGUUAAUUAAAUGCCAA